CCCCGUCCCAGCUCCCCGUCCCAGCCCCAGCCCCAGCUCCAGCUCCAGCCCCAGCUCCCUGCAGCUCAGAUCCAGCAGGAGCUCCAUUCAGCGUGCUGAGCUGUGGAUCAGAGUGUGGUCCAGCCUGCUCCUCCUAAAGCAGCCGGGACAGACAGGGGAGCCGCUCCAGCCCGGGACACUCACCCUCGCUUCACACUUUUGUCCACAGAGGAUUUAGGAGGUGAAAGAACAGCUACUUUAAAGAGGGGGGGCUGACACCUGCAGCCAAGAUGGAGGUGAAAACAUCACUUUUGGACAACAUGAUUGGGGUUGGUGAUAUGGUCCUCCUAGAGCCCCUGUCUGAAGAUUCAUUUCUGGAGAACCUGAAGAACCGCUUUGACCACAAUGAGAUCUACACAUAUAUUGGCAGUGUGGUGAUUUCCAUGAACCCAUACAGGUCCCUGCCCAUCUACACGCCAGACAAAGUGGAGGAGUAUCGUAACAGGAACUUCUACGAACUUAGUCCCCAUGUUUAUGCUUUGGCAGAUGAGGCCUAUCGCUCACUGAGGGACCAAGACAAGGACCAAUGCAUCCUCAUCACAGGGGAGAGUGGAGCUGGGAAAACUGAGGCCAGUAAGCUGGUGAUGUCAUAUGUAGCAGCGGUGUGUGGGAAGGGCCAGGAGGUGAAUAAGGUCAAGGAACAGCUGUUGCAGUCCAAUCCUGUGCUGGAGGCAUUUGGAAAUGCCAAAACGGUUCGGAAUGACAACUCUUCCAGAUUUGGAAAGUACAUGGACAUUGAGUUUGACUUCAAAGGAGAUCCCCUGGGUGGAGUCGUCAGCAACUAUCUGCUGGAGAAGUCGCGUGUGGUGAAACAGCCGAGAGGAGAGAGGAACUUCCACAUCUUUUAUCAGCUCCUGUCUGGCGCCUCAGACGACACACUCAAAAAGCUGAAGCUGGAUCGGGAUUUCAGCAAAUACAACUACCUGAGCCUGGAUUCAGCUGCGGUCAGUGGGCUGGAUGAUGCGGCCAAUUUCAGGACAGUCAGAAAUGCCAUGCAGAUCGUGGGUUUCAUGACAGAUGAGGUCCAGUCAGUGCUGGAGCUGGUAGCAGCCGUGUUGAAACUUGGCAACAUUGAGUUCAAACCAGAGUCGCGCUGCAACGGCAUGGACGAGAGCCGAGUCAAAGACAAAAACGACUUGAAAGAGAUGUGUGAGCUUCUGGGCAUCGAACAGGCGGUGCUGGAGCGAGCCUUCAGCUACCGUACAGUAGAAGCUAAGAUGGAGAAGGUCUCUACCACGCUGAAUGUGUCCCAGGCCUACUAUGCGAGAGAUGCUCUUGCCAAAAACCUCUACAGUCGCCUGUUCAGCUGGCUGGUCACCAGGAUCAAUGAAAGCAUAAGAGCCGGGACAAAGGCUCGCCACAAGGUUAUGGGCGUACUGGACAUCUAUGGCUUUGAGAUAUUUGAGGACAACAGCUUUGAGCAGUUUAUCAUCAACUACUGCAACGAAAAGCUGCAGCAGAUCUUCAUCGAGCUGACGCUGCGAGAGGAGCAGGAGGAGUAUGUCAGAGAGGGCAUCGAGUGGACCAAUAUUGAAUACUUCAACAAUGCUGUUAUCUGCGACCUCAUUGAGAAUAACCAAAAUGGCAUCUUGGCCAUGUUGGAUGAGGAGUGCCUGAGGCCCGGGACAGUCACUGAUGAGACAUUCCUGGACAAGCUGAACACUGUCUGUGCUGAACAUCAGCACUUUGAGAGUCGCCUGAGCAAGAAUUCAAAGUUCCUCAACGACCACAGCCUGCCACACACCUGCUUCCGCAUCCAGCAUUACGCUGGCAAGGUGCUGUACCGUGCCGAAGGCUUCGUUGACAAGAACAAUGACCUGUUGUACCGGGACCUAUCACAGGCCAUGUACAAGGCCAACCACAGCCUCAUCAAGCAGCUGUUCCCUGAAGGCAGUCCCAGCAAAGUCAACCUGAAGAGACCACCAACUGCUGGAUUCCAGUUUAAAGCAUCUGUUGGUACACUGAUGAGGAAUCUGCAGACCAAGAACCCAAACUACAUACGGUGUGUCAAGCCCAAUGACAAGAAGGCAGCCCACAUCUUCACUGAGUCUCUGGUCCGCCACCAGGUGCACUACCUUGGCCUGAUGGAGAAUGUUCGCGUUAGGAGAGCAGGCUAUGCCUUCCGACAGCCCUAUGAGCCCUGCCUUGAACGCUACAAAAUGCUCUGCAAAAAGACCUGGCCACACUGGAGGGGCCCUGCCAGGGAAGGUGUGGAGGUGCUGAUGGAAGACCUCCAGGUUCCAGCAGAGGAGUUUUCUUAUGGCCGGUCAAAGAUCUUCAUCAGGAACCCAAGAACGCUCUUUUUCCUGGAGGAGAGGAGGAGACAAUGUCUGCAAGACCUCGCCACCCUCAUUCAGAAGAUCUACAGAGGCUGGAAGUGCCGCAGCCACUUCCUGCUGCUGAAAAAGAGCCAGAUAGUGGUGGCAGCGUGGUACCGUCGAUACGCGCAACAAAAGAAGUACCAAAAGAUCAAGAGUGCCACAACUGUGGUGCAGUCCUAUACCAGAGGGUGGCAGGCCCGCAAACUGCUGAGGGAGCUGAAAUAUCAGAAGAGAUGUGAAGAGGCGGUGACCACCAUCGCAGCCUACUGGCAUGGUACACAGGCUCGGAUGGAGCUGAGACGUCUAAAACAAGAUGUGCGGAAUAAACAUGCUGUGACAGUAAUUUGGGCAUUCUGGCAGGGAACCAAGGCUCGGAGGGAGCUGCGUCAGCUGAAGGAGGCGGCGAGGAAUAAACAUGCCGUGUCGGUCAUUUGGGCCGGCUGGCAGGGCACCAAGGCUCGCAGGGAGCUCAGGAGACUGAAGGAAGAGGCCAGGCGUAAGCAUGCUGUUGCUGUGAUUUGGGCCUACUGGCAGGGACUCAAGGUCCGCAGAGAGUACAGAAAGUUCUUCAGGGCAAAUGCAGGCAAAAAGAUCUACGACUUCACCAUCCAGAGAAUUAUGCAGAAGUACUUCCUUGGUCUGAAGAGCAACAUGCCUUCCAUGUCUCCUACUGACAAGAACUGGCCUGACAGGCCUUAUCUCUUCCUGGAUGGAGUCCACACUGAGCUCCGGAGAAUAUUCCAUCACUGGAGGUGCAAGAAAUACAGGAGUCAGUUCACAGAGGAGAAGAAGGCGGUGUAUGAGGAGAAGCUAGAGGCAAGCGAGCUUUUCAAGGAUAAAAAGGCUCUCUACCCAAGCAGCGUGAGUCAGCCUUUCAAAGGAGACUAUCUGGAGAUAAGCAAAAACCCCAAAUAUCAGAAACUCAACAGCUCUGUGGAUGAGAAGGUUCUGCUGGCUGACGUGGUCAACAAGAUUAACAGGGCCAAUGGCAAGGGCUCAGCUCGGCUCUUCCUGCUAACUAAGAAGAGUGUCGUCCUGGCUGACCACAAGACGGGUCAGAUCAAGGCCAGCGUCCCUUUGCCAGAGCUCGCCAGUGUGUCGGUCAGCUCACAGACUGAUGGCUUCUUUGCUCUCAAACUCAAAGAGGGGUCUGCCUCAGCUGUCAAAGGAGACUUCUUACUCAGCAGUGAGCACCUGAUUGAAAUAAUCACCAAGCUUCACCGCAUCGGGGCCAAGGCUGCCGACAGGGAGCAGCUCAACCUUGACAUCUCAGAUGAGUUCCUGGUCCAGUUUAAGCAGGACAAGGUCUGUGUGAAAUUCAUCCAGGGGAGCCCCAAAAAUGGCAACAGUGCAAGCUGCAAGCGCAAAAACAACCGCCUGUUGGAGGUGUCUGUACCCACAUCACCGUAAUGUGAUUCUUCCUCUCUGUUCCUGCUGCUUAUGGCUGCUCAGUGUGGAGGGUGACAUACACCACACUCCAAAACCCUGGUCUUGAAAAUUGCCAUACUGGUGUGCACUCUAAGCACAAAAUGUGCAGUUAUUUGGUUUGUUGUUUAGAUUCCCUUCACUUAUCAGAUUCACUAUGGCACCGCUUUAGCCAAAACUGUUUCACUUUUUUUAGGCAAAGAAAGCCCUAAUGUGGGUUGCAUGCCAAAGAAAUGUGGUGCAAAGUGCUGAAGUUGGUGAAUGAGACUCAUUUUCGUGGUAAUCCUAAUGAUUACUCUGCCUGUAUAGUAAAUGAGUUUCAGAGAAAAUCUGGCAGGAAUGUUUUGACAGGCUACUGCCUCAACUGGUCUAGACUCGUCUGCUUUUAAGCAGCUUCAGCACGAUGGCUUAAAGUUUGAGACGAACUAUGACACAUUUUGGCUUAACUUGUCAGAUUUUGUUGUCUGAGAAACUCAAAUGCUGCACUUGCUUUGACAACUUUUGUAACGAAAAAAGGAUGACCUGAAAACAAAAUUGAUUGUAAUUAUUUUUUUCUUUGACAAAAAGCACCAUAGUCAUUUGACUGAAAGCAGUCAUUUGUAGGAAAAUUGUUAAACAUUUAUAUUUAUGUGCCAUUGAAAGUCUCAAGAGUCGUGUCGGUGCACAAAUUCAAACUACAUAUUGAACCAAAUGUUUAAAUCAUCCCAUUCACUUAUGAUUGAUGCCAAAAAUAGGGAGCAAUGCAGCAAUCCAACUGUUUUGAUUGCACUUAACCUGUGAUCAAUCCCAUAUCCUCCAGUACAGAUUCCAAUAAACACCAGGAAUUAUUUCAUCUACAGAAAAAAUGUAAUCUGAACUAACAUCUAGGAUAUAAUGUCCAGAUUACUGUCAAAGGCAAUAGAAAGAAUACAUUAAACUUCAUUCUUGAUCAGAUUUACAACUGUCUGUUGAAGAGCAAAACCCAAAAAGUGAUGUUUUGUGUGCAAUAUUGUCUCAAUUAUUCUUUCUGGCAAGAUGGUGGUGAAUCCAUAGCAGUUGCACUUCCCGUGCCAUAAGCUGUACAUAAGCUAUGUAUGCUGUAGCCAUGACUUGGACAAAACUGUAUUAGGUGUGCUUUUGAAAUUGCUUUCUUUUCCACUUCAGCUUGAGAUAUUGUCAUGCUUCACCCAUUCUGACCUAAUGUGUACUUUUUUUCAAAGCAAAAGACCAAAUAAUGAGCACACAUGACUUGAGAUUCCCAUCAGAGGAAACUGACCAGUUUCAGCUUUAACACUUGUUUAAGUCUGGUAUUCAUGUAUAGAUGCACGAGCUGAACUUGAGCAUUCAAGAAAAGAGCUACAUUUUCAUGCAUGUUGACUACGAUCUAUACUUGGAUGCAAGUUUCCUCAGGUGGCUGUGAGAAGGAACAACCUAAUCAAACUUGUUCAAGUCAUGGUCUGCAGAUUUGGGUAUCCUGGUGUGUAAGUUGUACUUAAAAAAAAAUAAAUUAAUUAAUAAAAAUGUAAGGUGCGCGCGAUGGAGGGAAAUCAGUCAUUCUGUGCAUGGGAACAGUUUGGGCUGAACAGCAGUUUUGACUCUUCUUGUUCGGCUCCCCUGUUUUUUAGUGCAGUUUCGCUUGGGAAACAUCUUCCUCAUUCUUUCUCCUCUGUUUUUGUAUUUGAACAAUGGCUAGAACUACAAAAAUGUCUGCUUUCUUGUGUGCCUGAUGUUAACCUGUGCUUAAAGACGGAACAUGGAAAUGUUUUAGUAGAACUCAAUGUAACAUUUACAAGUAUUCUUUUUUUAAAUUAAAUAAAAAAAAUAAAUGUUAUC